ACCUGAGAGACGUCUGUUCAUUAGACCAUAAAAGACCACCAUACACCCUGAUUGGUUAUUCAUUUGUUUACUACUCAAAGCUACGCCAAUGACUUUAUCAUUACUUUAGCAUAUAUUACUGACGGGAACAGAUGUAACCUAGCCCCGCCCCUCCCACAGUGUCCCGGUUACGCAGUGACAGACUGGCGACGUCAUGACGUUGUCAGCGUGCCUGUGUCAGGUGGCAACGUCAGCUCCUGUGCUGCUGGCCGGAGGGACAUUGUGAGCCUCUUCCUGGACGGGGAACUUCGUGUACUGAUACCUGAUGGGAGCUCCUCCGGCCUCCUCCUUCUCCUCCACCACCGCCACCCCGGGGACAGCCUGCUGAGCCGCUGUGAAAAGCCACAAAUUGCUGUCUGUGAUCAGCAAGGAGCUUUGAAUGAAGCAUACGGGAGCUGCAUAGCGGAGGUAUAAACUGCUCAGGAUGGCGGUCACGCAGUUUCGGCUAUUUAAAAUUUGCACUUGCUUGGCGUCCAUUCUUUCCUUCUUCAAGAGGUUAAUAUGCAGGUCCGGACGCGGUAGAAAACUUAGCGGUGAUCAGAUAACGUUGCCAACAGCAGUAGACUACUCAUCUGUUCCCAAACAGGUGGAGGAAUGGAGCUCCUGGGAUGACGAGGCCCCCACAAGUGUGAAGAUUGAAGGAGGAAAUGGAACUUUGGCUUCAGGGGACCCAGGUGAGCCUGAUUACUUCAAGGAUAUGACGCCAACCAUCCGGAAAACCCAGAAGAUUGUGAUAAAGAAGAGAGAACCGGCCAAUUACAUCAUCCCAGAUGUUAGCCUGGGCUACUCCAGCAGACUGGCAGCCACCCAGGAUAUUUCCUUCAUUCAUCAGUCUGCGGAAUUGGGAGACUUGGAGACGUGGCAAGAAAACACCAAUGCUUGGGAGGAGGAAGAUGCCACUUGGCAGGCUGAAGAGGUUUUAAGGCAGCAGAAACUUGCAGAGCGGGAAAAGAGGAGCGCAGAGCAGCAACGGAAAAAAAUCGAGAAGGAGGUUCAACGGCACCUGAAGAAAGAUCAAAGCAAAAUCGGUGUGAAAUUAUCGUAACACCCGGCCGGAGAUCGAAUGGUAGGGCGUGAUGCCGAUACAGACAUUUCUACACGUUUUCACGCUUCACCUCCAGCCUGGAUGAUGAAAACAUUCUGACCAUCCAGUGGCUGUGAUAUGUGGGGGACAGGGACCCCGUCUUUUUAAGACUUUUGACUCUACAGCGGAUCACAAUUGCCUCCUCAGAUUCUGCAUGAGACUUUUAAAAUUUAAAGAAGUGGUGUAAAUAAUUCCUUGGUGGAAAAUCUACUGCUCCCUAAUGCUAUGUGCAAAUAUGUAAUUACUAAAUAAAGAAUUUUAAA